AUGCUGGUCCUCUCUAACGUGCACAAGCUGCUUGCCCGCGCUCUCGCGCCUCCGGAGCUGCAUACAGCGGUGCUGCUGACGCCCGCGGGGCAGCUCGUGUCGUGUGCGGCGGACCCGGCGCGGUGCAAGGACGACGUGCGGGCGAUCGUCGGGCUGAGCGGGGAGAAGUGGCAGGAGGCGGGGGAUAGGGGCGUCGGGAUGGAGUCGCCGUUUGGGCGGAUCAUGGUGCUGGCGGGCGUGGGCGCGGGCGAGGUUGCAAGCGAGAAGCCGCUGAUGCUCGUUGCGCUGAACGCGACGAGCGCAGUCGAGUGGGACGUUCUGGAGGCCAAGGCAAAGCUGGCGGGCCACCUGGCUCGGCCUAUUGGGAAGAUUCGCGCGCCCUUGGCUGCGGCGAUGGCUGUUCCGGCGGCGCCGGCGACGACGCCGUCACGGCUGCCUCGAUGA